AUGGCACGGCUGGCAUGCAUGCGCCUGCGCCCCCGCGGCCCAGAACGUGGGGAGGAGCUCGGCGUGGGGGCGCUGCGCAGUCCCCCGCCUGCCCGCGGGGACCCACUCAGCGACCUGCAGCACCUCUGCCACGCCCGGGUGCCGCCGCCCCCGCCCGAGCCUUGGCGGGAGCAGCAUGCAGCACUGCUCCGCGGCCUGGCCGCCGGCUUGGCCGGGAAAGCGACGGCAGUGGCGUGCCGGGCGCUCGACCUUGCGUGGUACAGCGACGGCAUGUCGCGCCUCCACCUCAACGUGUUCAGGGUGGACACGAUAUCGAUGCACGGCGCGUCACUCCUCCAGGCCGCGGCUGCCAGCCUGGGCGGGGGGCCGGUGGCGGCCCUGGGCGCCGGCAGCGCGUUGUACGCGCUGGCCUCCCUGUUCAACCACUCCUGCGACCCCUGCCUGGACGUCCAGUUCCCGGGCAACAACGCAUUGCUGACGCUGCGGGCUGCGCGCGACGUUGAUGCCGGCGAGCAGCUGACCAUAUCGUACGUGGAUGUGGGCGCAGGCGUGACGCAGCGCCAGCGGAGCCUGCACCACGCCUACGGAUUCCGGUGCCGCUGCGCACGCUGUGUGGAGGAGGGGGCCGGAUCUGCGGGGGACUGA